AUGGCAGCCACCAGUCGAAUUCUGACAGCUGUCUUAUUUCUCGUUAUUUUCUCUAAUAGCAAAGGGAAAUAUCAACAAGUUGAAAUUGAAAUAGCAGGGAAGAACGAAAAUGAACCUGCAAAGAUUUUCUCGGAAUCUGAACUCAGACAAUUCGACGGAUCUGAUUCUGAAAAGCCAGUUUAUCUUGCAGUACGUGGUGUUGUUUUUGAUGUAACAGAAGGCAAAGAUUUUUAUGGAAAAGGUGCAGCUUAUAACCAACUAGCAGGAAAAGAUGCUUCAUAUGCCAUAGCUACAUGGUCAUUAGAAGACAAAGAUAUGCAUCAUGAUAUAAGUUCAUUGUCAGAUAACGAAUUAAAAGGAUUAGAUGAUGUAUUCGUAGGAACAUACAAGAAGAAAUAUCCUACUGUUGGGUACCUGCAAUAUCUUAUAGACAAACAUGCUGACAAGGUUUCUGAAAGAUUAAGUGAUGAAUUGUAGAUUUGGUUGUGAUUUCUAAUAUACAUGUGAUAUUAUAACUGCUCACAACUUUUAUCAAAUUUCUGUUUUUGGCAAACAUUUUGAAAUUUUGAGCAACAAUGUCAUAGAAAUGAAGUUUUUAAUAUCAAAAAUAUCCUGGUUCAUGUCAAUUAUGUUGCCAGGAUUACUCUCCAUAUAUACUCUCUAAUGCAAAAUUUAAUUAAAAAAUUUUUUUUUGCAUGAAAGUAAAAAAUAGGUAGGUUUUAUUUUAUAUUAAUUGUUUUUUCUACGAAAAAAAACAUUCCUAUCAGGAGAGAAAAUCUUUUGAAUAUAUGCAAAUAAAGGAUAGAAUUUUAAGUAACUAAAAAAAAUCAGUCAAUUUUUCUUCUGUCACAUGAUUCUUGCAUUUCUUCACUGCUGGGUAUUCCAAUGCCUGUAGAUGUGGGUAUGUUGUAUUUUAUAGUAUACAUUCCAUUUUGAAGAAUCUCAUAGUCUGUCAAUUGUUUAAAACUCAUAUAUGGUGAUAUUUUGGUUGUAUUUAUGUAUUUUCAGUAGGACAAAAGAAAACAACAAAAAAUGUGAAAAUGUGAACUUAAACACAACAAUGAAGCAUUUUAUCAGCUUGUAUUUUUUACCAAAAAAUAAAAUAACACUGUAAAGUUUGGUGAAUCCUUGAAUUAAGGUGGUACCAAACACCUUGACUAAAAUUAAUUUGGCUUGUUUAAUUUUCAUAAAAUUUUGACAAAAUAUUUACUUCGACCCUUUGACAAAAAUAUAAAAAUUUCAAGAAACUUGAACCAAACACUUUAUCGGAAAAAUUUCAUUGGAUAUAUAGCAGUUUGACAAACACUAAUUUUGAUCAUUGAGAAGUUUAAUAUUUCCUUAACAAUAGAAUGUGAUUAAAACGUUCAGCUGAUUGUUACAGAGUUAUCUCCCUGUACUGUUAUGUGCCACCUUUAGAUCUGUUGAAGAUUUCUAAUUUUAAGAAAUUGAAUCUAGAAAUAUUUUUGACAUAGUUUAAUCAUUUUGUCCAGGUGACACAUGUUCAUAUAUUAUUUAUUGCGGGAAAUUUUAGUUUUGCUUUUUCAUCUGUUUGACUUGACUUAAUGUGAUAAUAAUUUAUAUCAGAAUCAUGUUUUUGAAUGUUUUGACGGUAACAUUCCAUUUUCUAGUCCAUUUUCUAGUCUUUGUGUGUAAUUUAUUUUGAUCCAGUCCAUGUUACCGUAUGUACAGUAUUUAUGAAAUAAUGAAAAUGUAACAUUUUUUGGUGACAUCAGAUAAUCAUGGCUUAAAAAAAGAGUACUGUUAAUUCAGAUAUUUAGUACAUGAGUUAAUUAUAAUUUGUUUGCCAGUUUUUAGUCACAAGUUGAAUAUUUUUUUUAUAUUUGAAUUCUUAGAUCAGUUUUUCUAUUUAUAACAAUAACUUUUAGAUGGAUAUAUACAUGUAGUAGAAAUCGAAAAAAAAAAAUACUUCAUUUUUAAUGCAUUCUCAAUUUGUUAAGAGGCUCUAGGACAUAAUUUCAUCCAAUGUCUAGACUCUACCCAUUGCUGUAAGACUCAGAGGAGUGAAAUUAUCAAUUUAUAUUUUACUGGACAAUCACUGCAUUUCACUGCAACCAUAGUAAUAACUAUUCAUGUACAUGUACUGUUGUUGUUGUUAUUUUGACAAUUUUAUUAUUUGUUUACUAUGCAAUGUAUGUAGUUUGUGUUCCUACUAUAAAACAGCAUAGUUCUAACUCAAUCAAUUAAUAUGUGUACAUAAAACUGUCACUGGUAUUUGGUGUUGUAGUAAAUACUACCUAUACCAUUUCAAACAAGAGGAAAACUCUUUUUUACUACAGAAAAAUCAUGCAAUUUUAAGGUUUUCCAUGUCAAUCCAAAUUGAAAAGCAAAAGAAGAGGUUUAAUUAAAACCAUUAAAAUAUAAUAGCAAAAAUUCUAAAAUUCUUCAAGCCUUUCAAAAUAAAGUUAAUUUUGGUGAUACAUUGUAAAUGAAUUGAAUGUUUUAAUCUCGUCAUUUUAGUGAAAAAUGUAACUUAUGAUGUCAUUGACUAUUAAACAUGAGCCAAAGCCAUUACUCAGAAAGGUAUUUUUCUUACAUUAACAUCUUUGUUUAAGACAUUUUGGGUAAGGCUUUGGCACAUAUAUAAAUAUUAAUCACAAGAUAUCUAAAUGAUGCUAUUUUGGCAGUUGAAAUUGAAGCAAUAAUACAAAUAUAUAAUUCAAAAUUCAACAAUAUGAAUACUGAUAACUGGCAGACAUAUGUCUUAUGAAUAUUCUAAGGAUGUUUUUUGAUAAAUUUAAUAUACUUUUGAUAUUCGAAUUCAGUGGACUAAAAAGGGGCCUUAUCAUAUUUUCUCCUUUAUAUAUAUACCUUUGCUUAAAUUUUAACACUUGACAUGCAGAGGGAACAUUUUAUUUUAUCAAAUUUAAAUAUUAGUAGAAAAUGAUAAACCAGUUUUUGUUGGCAUAUGCAUACAAGUUUAUUUUGUAUUUUUUCUAUCAUGUAUCAAUUUAUGAGGGCCAUUGUGAAAGUUUUCAAAUUUAUGUAUUGAAUGCCCCUGGUGCUAUUUCAGUUAUUUAAAGCCUUGUUUAGGAUUUUAUGGAUAUCAGAAUUUCAUCCUUUUAAUUGUGGCAAUGCAAUAUAUUUAACAUCUUCAUAACUAUUAGGGAUGAGGAAAUAAAAAACAUGUAUUUUUUGACAAACAUGAUAAUUAAAAUUUUAGGUAUAUGGAAAUAGUUAAUUUAUUUUGUGGUAUUUUAAUUCAAGAAUUGUAGGGAUAUGAGAUAUCUGCUAACCUCUAAACAAGGCUCUUAGUUGGUGCUUCCUGUUAUUAAUUUGGUGCAGAUAAUUGCUCAUUGAUUUGAUAUUUUUUGCUAAAAGUUUAUAUACAUAUCAAAUGAAAAUUGUUAUAUUUUCAAAUUUUAUAGAUUUAUUAAAUAAACAGAAUUAAAAACA